CAAAUCAGCACUGACUGCGUUUUAGUUGUUCUGAAGGUUAUUUCGCAUGUUGCACUUUACACGCAUUGUUCAUGUAACUCCUGAACCGCUACCCAGUCGUUGAAAAGUAAUGACAGAGGCAUUCUCUAUGACAAGAAAACCUGGGUAAGCUGUAAGAUCAUCACAUAAAAGGAACCUGCGCGACGGAGAAUUUUCUCGCUAGCUGUACGGUUGCAGAUUUGGCUAAAUUAAUAUCGCCGCGCGGAAUACAGAAUGAAUCAAUGGGAAGAGGUCCAGAAGCUUGAUGUGGGGUUUCAGGAGCAGGUGGCCAACCUGUACAAAAACCUUCCAAUGGAGUUGCGGCACGUGCUAGCCACUUGGAUCGAGAGCCAGGACUGGGAGACGGCCUCGACUCAUGAGCCUGUGGCUGUGGUCCUGAACUCCAGCCUCCUGACUGAGCUUGAAAAGCAGUACUCUCAUCACCACAGCCUCCUUCACAGGCACAUGCUGAGAAGAAUCAAGGAACAGCUUCAGGAGACAUACAAAGGCAGCCCCUUGUCCAUGGCCAGGGACAUAGCCACCAUUCUGAGCGAGGAAAAACGGAUAAUUGCAAUGGCCGGUGAGAUGGAGCAGGGAUCCCAGGAAAUGUGUAAGCAGAGUUCUCCGGUACCUGAGAGACACAAGCACAUAGACAGUCAGGUGGCCAUCACCAGUUUCAGAUUGCAGAGAUUGGAUCAGGAAAUAAAGGGUAUGGUGGACAUGCAGGACGACUUUGAUUCCCGCUACAGAAAGGUCUUCUCUGGAGAUCUAGCCAAUGGUGACCCAGAGUGUCAGAAACAGGAAACUGUUGAGUUGCAAAUGAUAUUCAAUGAACUUGACUCUAAACGGAAGGAAGUCCUUGCCGAAAUGAUGGCGGUUAUCAUAGAUAUCGAUGUGCUGAUGAAGUCUGUGCUUGCCCUUGAGCUGAAGGAUUGGAAACGGCGUCAGCAGCUUGCUUGCAUCGGGGGACCAUCAUCGACUGAACUUGACCAGCUCCAGAACUGGUUCACAAUAACAGCUCAGAGCCUGUUCCAGAUCAAACGGCAACUGGACAAACUGUCUGAGCUGGGCAGCAAAGUCACCUACGUGAACGACCCUGUCACACAGCAGAAGGCUCAGCUAGAGGAGCAGGUCAUACACCUCAUUUCCCACCUCAUUAAAAGCUCAUUUGUGGUGGAGCUGCAGCCCUGCAUGUCCAACCUGUCUCAAAGACCUCUAAUCAUAAAGACUAUGACCCACUUCUCCAGCAAGGUCAGAUUGUUGGUUAGACUACCAGAGGUGGACUAUCAGCUGAAAGUUAAGAUAUCAUUUGACAAGGACUGUCCUCCCCAAGGGAGUCGACAUUUUACCAUGUUGGGCAAGGAUGAAAAAGUGAUGGAUGUGGAGCCAUCAAAUGGCUGUCUCUCUGCAGAGUUCAAAUGCCUGGAGCUGAAAUCUGUAAAUGGAAUGAAGGGGCAUGAGGUGAGACAAACACACAAUCCUUCUGAGGGUUUUCUUACAGUGACAGAGGAGCUCCAUGCUAUCAGCUACCAGGCUCAGUUCUGCAUGCAAGGCCUAACUAUGGACUUGGAGACAAGCUCACUUCCCCUGGUGGUCAUCUCCAAUGGCAUCCAGAUGGCCAGCGGAUGGGCCUCAGUCAUGUGGUAUAACAUGCUGACCGAUGAACCCAAGAAUCUGUCAUUCUUCAGUAGCCCGUCAAGUAGCAGCUGGUCCCAGCUGUCUGAGGUUCUCCACUGGCAGUUCUCCUCCUCUGUUGGGCUUGGUCUCAACAGGGAACAGCUGAGCAUGCUGGGAAAUAAACUCCUGGGUCCACAGACCUCCUACAAUGACUGCCAAGUUUCUUUGGCUAUGUUCUGUAAGGAGCACCUUCCUAAGAGGACUUUCAGUUUCUGGACAUGGCUGGACUCCAUCUUGGACCUCAUCAAGAAACACCUGCAGCCCCUCUGGAUGGAUGGGUUCAUCAUGGGAUUUGUGACGAAGGAGAGCGAGAAGAGUCUGCUGGAGGGGAGGGAGGUGGGGACCUUUCUGCUGCGUUUCAGCGAGAGUCACCUGGGAGGAAUCACCUUCACCUGGGUGGACAACUGCAGUGAAGGAAGGGUAAAGCUCAGUUCAGUUGUCCCUUACACAAAAAGCCGUCUGCCUAUGCCUUUUGCCAACAUUGUUUGCGAGUACAAGCUGAUCAUCGACGGUGUCCUAAUCGAGCCGCUGAAGUUUCUGUACCCACGCACCCCCGUGGAGGAGGCCUUUGGGAAACACUGCAUUACACCGCUGGUUGAAGGAAAUGCAUCUGCUCUGACAUUUCCUUAUGUCCAUUCUGAUUUGCUGCCCAUCAGCAUUCUUCCUACCACCAAGCUCACAGAUUCCCCACAUCCGGUCAUGCCUGCUGGGUCACCAUGGUCACCAAACCUCGAGAACAUCCUAGAUGACCUGCUGAAUGACAAUGAGAUGUGCAACCUAUAACCUGUAUGGAAACCUAAAGCCUUAUUGUGGGGUCUUUUGAGUUUUUAGUUGAUAGAGUUUUAAUUGAUACAAAUUACAUGAGAAUUUCAUCUGAACAAAUCUGAACAAAUGGAUUUACUGUAUAUAUGCACACAGUGGUUUAAGUAUUUGUAAAUUGGGACCUUACAUUUUCCAGGUAAUUUUCAGUAAUUUUACCAAAAAUGUAAGUACCUAAAUACCUCAAUUUUACCUAAAUAACCAACUUCUGCUUGCAUGUCGGCAUUGAAUCACAAGGGCCUGAGUACUUUGGUCAUUUCCUUCUAUCUAAGACAGCGAAAUUUGAUGGACCUGUGUAUUAGGAAUAACUUAAUCUCCUGACACCACACAAAUUGAACCGCAAAUAGAGGAGGAUUGUCUAGAUUCACCAGAGAAGAUGAAGCUAAUUGUGUAAGUAAUUAGCCUAGGUCAAGUAAGUCAAGUUAAAAUUUUUGUUGAAGCCUAUUUUAGUCAAAAGAUGAAGCUAUUCCUAACACAUAGGCCUAUACAAUUUUGCUGUCUUAGAAGGAAGGAAAUUACUCAAAUAUAUCAGGAUUCUCCGCAGAAUUGUUUAACAGAGUAUUUAUGUUCUUAUGGGUUUGAUGCGGAGAGGCAAGAAAAGGACGGGUUGGUUAUUUAGGAUAAUACAGUUUUGCACCUUAAGUCAUUUCUUGCUUCCUGGGCAUGAAAACCACUAAAAAAAGACUAUACAACAAUAAGGGUUAAGAAUCAGAAAUAGUUAAGGCCAAUGAUCAAAGUUGUCUUAAGUUUAAUUUUCUCUGAAUAUAUAAUAAAAGGGACAAAAAAAAGACUAUAUGUUAUGAUCCUGAUUUCUGUCAGUUUAUUCUGUGUUUUUGUAAAUGUAUUAUUUUUCAUAUUCAUGUCUGGUUUUCUGUUUACAUUCAUUAGUCUUUGCACUUGUCUUCCCCUGUGAUGUCUGUAUCUUUAUGUUGUUCUGAGCCCGAGUCACUUCCCUGUCUUUGUGAUUCACUGUUCGGGUUGUUUCAGGCCCUGCGAUGGACUGGCUAUUAUGUUCCUGUGUUCUGUCCUGUGUUAGUUUAUCAUUUUUUAUCAUCAUUAUUCUUCUAAUUUAUUAUUUUUCAUAUUCAUGUCUGGUGUUCUGUUUAUAUUCAUUAGUCUUUGCACUUCCCCUCUGAUGUCUGAGUCUGAAAGUUUACUAGCCCAGUCACUCCCCUGUCUGCAUGCCCCACUAUUCGGGUGUUUACGGUAGUUCCGGGGUUCAACCUUCCUUCCAAUCUUGCAAUCCUUACUUCCUGCUUUCUCUCCAUUUCAUGUUUGUACAUAGCACUAAUAUAAAUGGUAAAUGGAGUACAAUUGAUGCUUCUCAUUCACCCAUUCAUACACACACUCACACACUCACACACUCACACACCAAUGGCGAUUGGCUGCCAUGCAAGGUACCGACCAGCUCGUCAGGAGCAAAUGGGGGUUAGGUGUCUCGCUCAGGGACACUUUGACACAGCCCGGGCAUGGAAUCGAACCGGCAACCCUCCGACUGCCAGACGACUGCUCUUACUGCCUGAGCCAUGUCACCCCUGUAAUAUACUAAUCCCAACUAACAUAGUAGUUGUACAGUACUAAUUAUACUAACACACUAAUAUGUUUGUCAAACUAACAAACUAACAUUCACUAGUUUUGGGUAUUUGUAAUUUAAAUCACUUAACUAACUUAAUAACGCGUCUCCAGUUUCAAUUCUGUUCUGUAACUCCACCUCCCUAUUCUAUCACUGAUUACUUGCUUAGUUUCAGCCAAAUGUUCGCACCUUCUCUCCCCUAUCACCACCUUCCUUAAUUCUGUGCAAUUGUCUACUCCCUGGUCUGGAGCCGUUUGUAUUACAUGUGUGUCUUUGUGAAUCCAGUCCGCGUUUUUGUUUCCCCCUCAUUAUUGUGUUAUUAUGUUUCUCACCUGAUGUUUAUUUGUUAGACCGCCCUCACUCCCAUGCCCCACCUCGGUUGUCUCAUUCCCCUGUAUAUUCAUACCUGUCAAUUUCUGUUGCACUUUGCUAGUUCGUCUUAUCCUGUUUUUGAGUCCCAAGCCCUUAUAUUCCUUUACCCUUGUUCUAGUUACCUUGUUCCCAAGCCUUUGCCCUUGUGGCAUUCUGUCCCUGUUUUUUUGUCGUUUUUGUUUUCUGGAUUUCUUGUUUAUGACCCCUGCCUGCCUCUCUGGACUCUUCUCUUGUUUUGUGGACUCUGUACCUCUGCCCUGCUUCUAGACUGCCUACCUGGUUUUGAACUCAUGCCUGUUUGGAUUACGCUCUGUCUGCCCCUUAUCCACCUGCUCAUUAAACCAGCCAUUUUUUCAACA